AUGGCCUCUGCUGAUGGUGCUAAUUUUGAAUCCCAACCAAAACCUAACUGGCACCUAGUUGGGAAGGUGGAUGAGCUGAAACAGAAACCAUGUCGCAAAAUCUACAUGAAAAAUGGCCCCAGUCUGGCACUGUUCUACGCUGCACCUGACACUUUCUUCCUGACCAAUUCCAGCUGUCCCCACAACAAAGGACCGCUGGAACAGGGGGACAUAGAGGACAUAGACGGCAGGUACCACAUCACUUGUCCCCUGCACUUCUACAGCUUUGACCUGACCUCUGGCAUGUCAAGGUCAGGGCUGGUCCUGAAGACCUAUCAGACUGAGAUCAGGGGAGACGACCUUUAUGCCUUAACUGACCAUCCAGUAUCUUUAACACGCUAG